UCAAACUUCGAACAUUACUUAACAAUUUCAUAAUACCUCAUUAAAUAUUCAUUAUCUCUAAAACUAGUAAACAAUCAAUCUAAAAAUACCAACAAUGGUUUUAUAAAUGAUACUUAGUAUUUAAUUUGACGCGGACAUGUUACUUGCCAAGAGAUUAUCCUGACACUCAGUCCGGCAUUGAGGUUAUGUCCAUCAAAAUUCCACCAAUUUACUUAUAACUCAAAGUUCGCGCUACCUACCUUAGUCUCAAACAUGCAACGUGAAAAUUUACGAGAAAACAUGUUGCUGGGCAUGGGAAACCCCUUGCUGGACAUAUCCGCCACCGUGGACAAAGAAUUUUUAACCAAAUAUAACAUGAAAGAAAACAAUGCGAUUCUGGCUGAUGAAUCUCACAAAAAUCUCUAUUCGGAAAUGAUAGAAAAAUACAAAGCGGAGUUUAUUGCCGGCGGCAGCGUGCAAAACAGCCUCCGAGUGGCCCAAUGGCUCCUCCAAAAGCCCAAAGUGACCACGUUUUUCGGGUGCGUGGGAACAGAUAAAUACUCCCAGAUUCUGAAAGACAAGGCGAAAGCCGAUGGUGUCAACGUGGUUUAUCAAUACAACGAUAAGGUCCCCACAGGCACAUGUGCCGUGCUUAUUACAGGCACAAAUCGGUCCUUGUGUGCGAAUUUAGCAGCGGCGAAUUGUUUUACCAUUGAUCAUAUAAGAGAUGCCGAAAAUCGCAAGUUGCUAGAAAAUGCACAAUAUUUUUACAUUUCUGGGUUUUUUAUAACUGUGAGUCCGCAAAGCAUCCUAGAAGUUGCGAAACACGCCUUAGCAAACGAUCGGCCGUUUAUUAUGAAUCUUAGCGCGCCUUUUAUUUCACAAUUCUACAAGGAACCUCUGAUGCAAGUGAUGCCUUAUAUUGACCUCUUAUUUGGAAACGAAACGGAGGCGGAGACCUUCGCCACCGAACAGAACUUCGGCACCAAAGACUUAAAAGAGAUCGCCUUGAAAAUCUGCAAACUUCCUAAACAGAACGAGAAUCGACCACGUGUUUGCGUUAUUACCACCGGUCACAACCCUGUCAUCCUCGCGCGUGAGGGGAAAAUCAGCGAAUUUCCCGUCGAUGUUUUGAGUAAGGAUAAACUCGUCGAUACCAACGGAGCCGGCGAUGCCUUCGCUGGCGGCUUCCUCUCGCAGUACAUCCAAGGGCAAAGUCUGGAUGUUUGUGUGAGAUGUGGUAUUUGGGCGGCGUCCCAAAUCGUGCAGAGAAGCGGAUGCACCUUCAGCGGGAAAGCGACUUUUCAACCUUAGCAAUAGUAUUCAGGGCUAUAGUACUUAGUUUUUUAUAUCGCACUGUUGAUAUGGCUGAAUAAAGACAAGCACUAACUGUUAAAUGAAAGUCCGUGUAAAAACUAACAUUUUUUAAUAUCAUGUAGUUAUACAAAUUUAAAAUAUACAGCGAAAUUGCUUAUACACAAUGUUAAAGAAACAAGCUAACAAAUCUAAUCACAGUGCUACACGAAAUAAAAAUAAGUGAUAAAACAUCAAA